UUCAGCCUUCCCCUCCUCUCUAACAUCCGUUUUAUCUUCUCCCGUCCCAGAUCCGAUCGAAUCGCCGGAUUUUCUCGCUCCGAGGACCGAUCUCGAUCACCGGGAUAGGGCGACGAGCGCUCCGAUCCGAGAACUUCGGAGCCUGCUCCCUCCAUCGAUCCGCGCAUCCCCUCGUAGAUCCGGAGGCGGCGAAGAGGAUCCGGAGGCGAUGAGCGGGAAGGCGGCGGCAGCGAUGUCGCCGGCGCAGUCGAAUGGGCAGUUAUUCACCAUCGGGCUUGUCACCGCGUGGUACUCCUCCAACAUCGGGGUGCUCCUCCUCAACAAGUACCUGCUCAGCAACUACGGGUUUAAGUACCCGAUCUUCCUCACCAUGUGUCACAUGACGGCCUGCUCCCUCUUUAGCUACGUCGCCAUCGCCUGGCUCAAGAUCGUGCCGAUGCAGUUCAUCCGGUCGCGCGUCCAGUUCAUGAAGAUCGCUGCCCUCAGCCUCGUCUUCUGCGGUUCGGUGGUUAGCGGAAACGUGUCGCUCCGGUACCUACCCGUUUCGUUCAACCAGGCGGUCGGCGCUACCACGCCCUUCUUCACCGCCGUCUUCGCGUACCUUAUGACUCUCCGGCGGGAAUCGUGGGUCACCUACAUUACCCUUAUUCCCGUCGUCACCGGUGUCAUUAUAGCUAGUGGGGGGGAGCCAAGCUUUCAUUUGUUUGGUUUCAUUAUGUGUAUUGGUGCUACUGCUGCUAGGGCACUUAAGUCAGUGUUGCAGGGAAUUUUGAUGUCCUCUGAAGGGGAAAAGUUGAACUCUAUGAAUCUCCUUCUAUAUAUGGCUCCAAUCGCAGUUGUUUUUUUACUUCCUGCAACAAUUAUAAUGGAGGAAAAUGUGGUUGGUACCACAAUAGCACUUGCUAGACAAGAUUUCAAGAUUAUAUGGUAUCUCCUGUUCAACUCUUCUUUGGCCUACUUUGUGAACUUGACCAAUUUCCUGGUCACCAAACAUACGAGCCCUUUGACCCUUCAGGUUCUCGGAAAUGCAAAAGGAGCUGUGGCUGUGGUCAUCUCAAUCUUAAUAUUCAGGAACCCAGUCUCCGUUACAGGAAUGGCUGGUUACACACUGACCAUUAUUGGUGUAAUUCUCUACAGUGAGUCGAAGAAGCGUAACAAGGGAAGUUAAUCCUAGCAGCUAUUAGCCUAGUCCUCACCGGUACUUGUGACCCCAUAACAUAUUGGAUCACAAGGAAUGAAUUGAAGUCUCUUUUGUACCAUUUAUAAGCCAAAUAGUGUGCUCAGAGGAAGAUAAUUUGUUUGUUAGAUGCGUUGUUUACAUCAAGUUGGUAAGCAUUCUGGGCCUUCAUCAUCUUGUUAUACACACAAUUAUACAUUCUAAAUUUUUUGUAAGAGUAUUGUUCUAUCUAUAAAUUUCGCCGCAAUCAUAUUAUUGAUCUAAA